UCAACUUUAAGUCUCAACUUCAAAAAAAAAACUCCCGAGCCAAAAACCCCCAACAAAAACCCCACACCAGCAUGAAACUCCACCACUUGCCGACCACCGUAGUGACCUCCACGCGCCGCCACUACGCCACAAAAUACACAGCCAAAGUCACCUCCACAUCCCCAACGGGCCGCUCACUCUCCGCCGAAGUAACCCCUCUCCCAUCAUCCCCAUACCCCACAGACACCCGCGGCUACCCAAUCCCCCGCCGCCACGUCAUCUGCAAAGCCACACAAAUCCUCCUCAACAACAACAACCACAACCAAUCACAUCCCUCCACGUCGUCAUCGUCAGCAUCACCGUUCCUCGACCUCUCCGACUACCUCCACUCCCUCUCUCUCCCUCUCACCCCAACCGAAGCCUCCGAAAUCCUCAAGUCCCUAAACCACCCUUCCCUCGCCCUCUCCUUCUUCCGAUUCUGCCCCUCCAUUUCCCCAAAUUUCCAACACGACUCCCUCACCUACACGCGCCUCUUCCUCAUACUCUCCAAAUCCCCCUCCGUCCCCAACCGCUCCCACCUCGUCCGUUCGAUCCUCUCCGAGAUGGACCGCUCCGACACUCGCGGCACGAUCUCCACCGUCAACAUCCUCAUUGGGUUCUUCGGAAACUCCGAAGACCUCGACCUUUGCAUCUCCUUAAUCGGUAAGUGGAAGCUGUCCAUGAACCCUUACACUUACAAGUGCUUGCUUCAGGCGUAUUUAAGGUCCUACGAUUCCGACAAGGCCUUUGGUGUUUACAACGAAAUGCGUCGGCGAGGUCAUACGUUGGACAUUUUCGCUUACAACAUGUUGUUGGAUGCUCUAGCCAAAGACCAAAAGGUUGAACAGGCUUACAAGGUUUUUGAAGACAUGAAACGGAAGCACUGUGAACCGGAUGAGUUCACUUACACAAUUAUGAUCAGAAUGAAUGGAAAGAUUGGUAAAGCUGAUGAGUCACUGGCGCUCUUUCAGGAGAUGCUAGCAAAGGGCUUCUCACCAAAUUUAAUUGCUUAUAAUACCAUGAUCCAGGCACUUGCAAAGGGUCGGAUGGUUGACAAGGCCAUAUUUCUCUUUUCUAAAAUGGUAGAGAAUGAAUGUCGGCCCAAUGAGUUUACAUAUAGUGUCAUUUUGAAUGUUCUGGCUGCAGAAGGGCAGCUUGGUAGACUAGACGAGGUUGUGGAAAUAUCAAAGAAAUACAUGAAUAAGUUGAUCUAUGCAUAUCUUGUAAGGGCGCUGAGCAAAUUGGGCCAUGCAAGUGAAGCUCACAGGCUAUUUUGCAACAUGUGGAACUUUCAUGAUAAGGGGGAUAAAGAUGCUUGCCGGUCCAUGUUAGAGAGUUUAUGUAAUGCAGGUAAGACAACAGAGGCUAUGGACCUGCUAGGUAAGAUUCAUGAAAAAGGAAUAACUACUGAUACAAUCAUGUAUAAUACCGUUUUCUCAGCUCUUGGCAAGUUGAAGCAAAUUUCUCAUCUUCAUGAUCUUUUUGAAAAGAUGAAACAAGAUGGUCCUUCACCAGACAUAUUUACGUAUAAUAUUCUGAUCUCUAGCUUUGGUAGAGCUGGGAAAGUUGAUGAGGCUAUUAAAAUUUUUGAAGAACUUGAGAACAGCAAUUGUAAAGCUGACAUUGUCUCGUAUAAUUCAUUGAUCAAUUGCCUUGGGAAGAAUGGUGAUCUUGAUGAAGCUCACAUGAGGUUCAAGGAAAUGCAAGAGAAAGGAUUCACUCCUGAUGUUGUCACAUACAGCACGCUUAUUGAGUGCUUUGGAAAGACAGAUAAAGUUGAGAUGGCUUGCAGGUUGUUUGAUGAGAUGCUUGCUGAAGGAUGCUAUCCUAACAUUGUAACAUACAAUAUCUUACUUGACUGUCUUGAGAGGUCUGGGAGAACUGCUGAAGCAGUUGAUCUAUAUGCAAAACUUAAGCAGCAGGGGUUAACACCAGAUUCAAUUACAUAUACAGUACUUGAACGGUUGCAAAGUGGUUCACAUAGGAAAGUCAGAUUUCGCAGGCAAAGUCCGAUUACCGGUUGGGUUGUUAGCCCUUUGAGGUAAUGGAGGAUGAGUUUGGUAAGUUUUGGUAAAGCUUCAGCUAGGCACAGCAAAAAUUCAGCUAGGCUGCUGUGCAGGAAGCAUCUGUGGUUCACAGCAGAUGUUGGGAAGCAGCUAGAGGUUGCUUUACAAAGCUGCUGUGUUGAUAGCAGGCCCUUAGUUUAAUAAAUUAUUUUAAUGAUCAAAAUUUUACCUAUGAUUUUUUCAAAACUUCCAGGACAUUAUUUUCUUAAAAUUUCUCCUAUCAUUUGAUGAAAUCUAUAUUGGUUAUUUCAAAUAUUCACAGUACUUUUAAAAAAACAUUUACCAAAAACUCAGUAAAGGAUUUUAGCUAUAUAUAGCUGCAUCUGCAAAACAUUUACCAAAAAAGCUAUGGCCUGCUUUUGCACAGCAAUUCCUUGUAGGAGCAGCUUUUGCAAACUAGAACACUAUCAAACUUUCCUGGAGGGAGCUGAAGUUUUGUAGUAUUGGUUUGCUGCUAAGUAGGUGACCAUGUUUUUGGAGACCUGGGCAUACGUUAAUGACAUCACACAUUCACACCAAUGAAGAGGGGGAUACCCAAGGAAGUACUUAAAUAUUUUCUGUCACUUCUUUUGAGGGUAAGAAGUGAGCAUUCGACUCUGUGGUUGUGCGUUUGAGAAUUUUAACCCAGCAUGUACACAUUUCAUGAGUGAUGCACCCUUGUUAUACACAAAAAUGUUGUAUACUUGUAUCUUCAAAACAUCAAGCAAGUUUUUGCUUCAAUUCGAGUUAUGGUACUAGUUUUUUGUUUUGUAUGUUUGUUUUCCCCUUACUAUAUGGAAGCAGCGGCGGUGUUUAUGAUUGCUAUUGUGUGGACGUUAAAUUAGCCAAGUUGCUUUGAAUGACGGUGGCAAUCUUAGUUAUGCAAAUUUUGAUGUUGUUGUAACGUGAUGUGGUUAAGGUUGCUGAUUAAAAUGUACAUUAUUGGUUCACAAUUGAGGUGGUUAUUACUUGAUACAAUUGUGCAGCUGUAAGUACUUUUGUUUUUGCCUUA